CCGGAUAACGCCUUUGGCUUCUCGUUACAACAUCUCCAGUUCUGCUAGAGCCCACAGAACUGCGGCAUGAUGGGAGAGUAGUCUUUGACAAACGACUGGUCUAUUUAACCUGAUGCGAGCAUCUCUAAAGAUAGCAAUGUCAAAUUUCUCCGACGUCGCCGGAAGCGCGACAUCCAAGAAACCACUAAUCAACCUCCUCCGCGGCUGGCCUCACCCAUCACUCCUCCCAACCAAACUCCUCCAAACUGCGACACAGAAUGUACUCUCCAACCCGGUCGUGUCAGUACCUGGCAUGCUGUACGGCACCGAUGCCGGUUUCCAGGGCCUGCGCGACAACAUUGCAAAAUGGCUCACGGGCUUCUACCACUCCACGGCAGGCGGAGGCAGCGGGAGCAGCAUCAUGAGUGCAGAUAGAAUCGCCAUCACGGGCGGUGCAUCGCAGAACAUGGGCUGUAUCCUGAGCGUGUAUACUGACCCCUCGUAUACGAGAAAUGUGUGGUGCGUUGCGCCCACGUAUAUGCUCGUGUUCCGCGUCUUUGAAGACGCAGGACUAAAGAGCAAGCUGCGCGCCGUGCCGGAGGAUGAGGAGGGCAUAGACAUCGACUUCCUGCGGCGAGAGUUGCAGAAGAGCGAGCUGGACGGCGACUCUGCUGCUGGUGACCCUCAAUUCAAGCCGCCGCGCCCCUGGGGCAAGAUAUAUCGCCAUAUCAUCUACGCCGUGCCGACGUUUUCGAAUCCGUCCUUCAAGACCAUGUCGCUGCGUCGCCGCGAAGCACUCGUCCGUGUGGCGCGCGAGUUUGACGCCCUCGUUGUCACCGACGAUGUGUACGAUGUCUUGCAGUGGCCGAACGAUGUUGAGGCGUCGGCGCAACGACCGCUUCCUACCGCCGUGCUGCCGCGGAUUGUGGAUGUUGACAGGUAUCUGGCUGGCGGCGCCGAGCGUGAAGGCGCAGACGGGUUCGGGAAUGCGGCGAGUAAUGGGAGUUUCAGCAAGAUCGCCGGGCCAGGCUUGCGGACGGGCUGGGUUGAGGGGACGGCGAAGUUCAGCUUUGGUGUGAGCCAGGCGGGGACGUCGCGGUCGGGUGGUGCGCCAUCGCAGUUGACGUCGACGUUUGUCUCAGAUAUGCUUGAGACGGGCGCGUUGCAGACGUACAUCCUAGACGUCUUGCAACCGGCCUAUUCACGCCGAUACCGCACCAUGCUCGCCGCAAUCCAGACUUACCUACUGCCACUCGGCGUCGCGCUGCCGCAGACGGAUCGUGAGGUCGUUGGCGGGUACUUCAUCUGGCUGACCCUACCGCACAAACUCGACAGUGAUGAGCUGGUGAAACGGGCGACGGAAGAGGAGAAUCUGGUUGUGGCUGGCGGUAGACUAUUUGAGGUGCCAGGCGAUACGCAGAACGCCGACUUCUCGAAUGAUAUCCGGCUUUGCUUUGCGUGGGAGGACGAGGACAGGUUGCGCGAGGGUAUUGAGAGGUUGGCGACUGUAAUUAGAGGGAUGCUGAAGGGGGGGAAUGCCAGUUCGGCAACGAGCACAACUGAUGAGCAGAGUAGCAGUAAGAAGCCGACGAGCAGCUUCUGGUGAGUAUCAAUCUACAGGGUAUGUCGAAUGCAUUCAACAUGUGAGGAAAUGAAAGGGUCUUGCUAUCCCUGACCUCCCCAGAUCUACGUUGCCUCGUGGUGACCUGUCAAGGCUGUCAAAGCCUUAAUUCCCAACAGAGAGCCAUGUCUUGAAGGCAACGCUAUCAGA